AUGGAUUUGUCUAUCCUGGAAGGAAAAGACUUCCUUGCUAAUGGGGUUACUUCAGUUCCAGGUGUGGUAAAGGAUGUGUGUGUCACGGAGCAUUUGAAGCCCGAGCGGGCAGCCAGCUGUAACCAGGUCCCUGAACUGCGCUAUUCCCUCACGUAUGAUCAACAAAAAGCUGAGCUGUGUGUGGCCCUUCUGGAAGCUAUGCAUGGCAAAAUGAGUAGUGACCAAGAUGCUGGCUGCCAUUGCUACAUACUGGGCACACUGGUGAGUAAAUCUGGCAUGACUGAAGCCCAGACAGAGCUGAAGAAGAAGGUGCUUCACACCCUCUGGGAGGAGGCCCUGCGGUUUCCAUUAACUGAGGAGGAGAUGCAAGAGGGGACACUGACUCUUACCCUGAGAAACUGCGACAAGUUCUCCAGACACAGCAUUGUGGGAGAACUUAAACUGAGCCUUGCUAACAUGGAGGACUUCGGGAUGGGCCAGUGGGAAAGGCUAAAGACUCCAGAGAAGGAGCCAUCUACAGGCUAUGGGGAAGUUCUGCUCUCUAUCAGCUAUCUGCCAGCUGCAAACCGCCUGCUCGUGGUGAUUAUUAAGGCUAAAAAUCUCCAUUCCAAGCAGCUGAAAGAUCUACUUGGAAAUGACGUUUCUGUCAAGGUGACCCUGAGGCAUCAGUCCUUGAAGCUGAAGAAGAAGCAGACCAAACGUGCAAAGCACAAGAUCAACCCCGUCUGGAAUGAGAUGAUCAUGUUUGAGGUGCCUCACGAGCUGCUACGUGCCUCUAGUGUGGAGCUGGAAAUUCUGAGCCAGGAUGGUGCCGGGCAAAGCCAAGUGCUCGGCAAGUGCAGCCUGGGUUUGCAUGUCACAGGCACAGAGAGGAACCACUGGGAAGAAAUGCUGAGGAACCCCAGAAGACAGAUUGCCAUGUGGCAUCAGCUCCACAAGUAG